CCUGACCCGCAAACUUUACCUGCCUUUUCAUGUCUGCUCCACCAUCCACAGGGAUACUCAGUGCCAAUCCUGCCGCUCAAAGGAAAAAGAAACUUCCAACUGCCGGGGUCAACAUAUUGAAAGACUUCUUUAACCAUGUUUCCCAUGACCCGAGCCAUGCACAGCAACAGGCCUUACUUGAACAGAUACAUCCCAUUGAUCCAACCUUUGAGCCUAAACACCUGGCAUCUUGUUUUCCGACCUCGUUCUCACGCGACCUCGUUUCAUCCGCAGGCAGGACACAGUUGAACCCAGAACAGAUCAAGCACCUUACGACGCUCUACAAUGCCGACAAAAAUCCCACCUUGCAGUUAGCCGUGGUGACAGAGUGGAUUACCGAGAGAAACAAGCCUCCGAGUCCGGCACCUACCGUUUCACCUGAGCCUCCCUUCUCCAAUCCCCCCUUUUGCAUACCGGCGUUCGACCUCAGUCCCCCCGUUCGACCUACCCUUUCGCCUAUAUUACCUCCUGCAUUACCCCGUUCCACAAGCUCUGAAGACACGUAUAAAAUGGGCUGGUUGACCACGUUUUCCCAGUUCGACGCAGAGACAACAGAACCGACUGGUCCGAUGACAAGAGAAAGGCUCAACGAGCUCUUUACGCCUCAUCAAAGGAACAUAAAGUCGUUUCUGGGCAAGGUCAAGACGGGUGAAAUGAGACACCAAGGAUACACUCCGGGUAUUUAUGUUUACUCCUUUGUUCUUCUUUCCGGACUGAACCAUGCGCUUGUCUAGCAAUGGCGAGACCUUGAUCCGAGACUCGCACCCCCUGGCCCAACUGUAUGCGCUUUGCUAUCGUAUCGCUAUCGUAUUAUGCUUUCUAUUCUUCUUUCAUCCUCGUCCUUUUAUUGUAAAGUCUCGGGCUAGCAUGUGAGCAUAAAAAAGCAUGCGCACAUGCUAGUCUGAGAGUUAGUCAAGCAGUUUCUUAUACCCAAAGCAUUGUAACACCACCAGCAAUGACCCGCGAAAACGUUAAUAGCAUUCAGAUGAUUGUAGAUAUGUGGAGAUGUACAUUGUAGAAAGCAAUAACGAUAA